CGACUGCACGUAACAUUUUCCAGCUCGACAGUCGUAUGUAUCGAGGGAAAGAGAGGAGAGGCCGAGCGGAAGAAUCCCGGCUGCUUUAGAGACAAUAGAAUUUCGAGGAAGGAAUAGAUUCUUGCUGUUGAUAACUUGAUAUAGCUCGCGCAAUAUUUAAUUCAUAUUCGGAGUAGUUUACGGAGAGGGAAUCGCGUUACCAUUUCUAAAAUUGAGGAAAUUUGUUUAGACAGAGACAUAUAGAGAGAGGGAGGGGGAUCUGUGGUGGGGGAUGGCGAUACUCUACGCUCUGGUGGCAAGGGGAUCGGUGGUGCUGGCGGAGUUCAGCGCCACGUCUACUAACGCCAGCGUGAUCGCGCGGCAGAUACUGGAGAAGAUACCGGGAAACACCGACACCCACGUGUCAUACUCUCAGGACCGCUACAUCUUCCAUGUCAAGCGCACCGAUGGCCUCACCGUCCUCUGUAUGGCCGACGAGAACGCCGGAAGAAGACUACCAUUUGCAUUUCUCGAAGAUAUUCAUCAGAGAUUUGUGAGGACUUACGGCCGUGCAGUUCUUUCGGCCCAUGCUUAUGCUAUGAAUGAUGAAUUCUCAAGGGUUUUGAGCCAGCAAAUGGAAUACUACUCGAACGACCCGAACGCUGAUAGGAUAAAUCGACUAAAAGGUGAAAUGAGUGAGGUGCGAAAUGUCAUGAUAGAGAAUAUUGACAAAGUUCUAGAUAGAGGCGAUCGUCUGGAAUUGCUGGUUGACAAAACUGCAAACAUGCAAGGAAAUACCUUUCGCUUCAGAAAGCAAGCUCGUCGUUUCAGAAGCACGGUGUGGUGGAGAAAUGUCAAACUCACUGCUGCACUGAUACUCCUGCUGCUAGUGAUUGUUUACGUUGUGCUGGCUUUCGUUUGCCAUGGUCUCACCUUACCUUCCUGCAUUAAGUGAAGAAUUGAUGUCGGAGUGAGAUUUGGAUAUGUGUUAUUUUUUCAAGCCUUUCUUAUCUGGUGUGAUAUAUUGGAUUUUUUGUUUUCCUAAUUUCAUCUUCCACUGUUGUAAGUUGCCUCGGACUUUAAUUUAUGCACUUCCAAACACUGAACUGUCAAUAUGAGUGCUUAUUUUCGUA